CAAAACAGUAUCUUUUCAUACGAACGAGACCCUGUCAUGCCAGCAAAAGAAAAGAAGAGCUCAAGCUCAAGAUAAACCAAGAUACUCCUACCUAUGGGUCGAAUUCUAUUAGUCAAGAAAAAAGGGUCGGUAGGUCGGGGAAGACUCGCAUGCCUUGGAGUUUUUCUCGCCAUUACAAUUCAUUUCAUCGUUCAUUAUGAAGGAAACUAUGGGAUAGAUGUUGCCAACAGAGAGUGGGGGUCGGUGUUGGUUCUAUCCGCCGUCGAGGCCGUCUCUCCGGAUGAAUUAACUGGAUUGAGUCGUCGUCGAUGGCAGAGAUCUCGCGACGGCGAGGAAGAAAAUUACGAAAGAAAAAUCGUAGAUACGUGGACAUUCAACUCGAAGCGAAGGCUAUCAAUUAGAAUGAUACAAUCGGCAAGAAAAUCUUUCGGGAACAAAGUUAUCGAGAGGAACGCUCCUUUUUCGAAGAUACUCAACACUUCUCCCAGAAACUGGUUUCGGAAGRAAAAAAAAMAAGCCACUCUGCUAGAGACCACUCGUUUGGUAGGAGGUGCCAAUGAAAACAUCGAACGGAAAGAAGAUCCUCAGGAGAGCAAAUCAUCAUCGAAUCAAACUGGAUCCCCCAGUAUUACUUCGAGUAAUACCAGAAGAUGGAAAACGUUUGUGAUAAGCGACAUCCUACCAAAAACGCAGCAACUACUUUUUCCGAAGGAAUCAGAGAUAGCUAUGCGAAGAAAAUUUCAACAAACGUUAAUGCUUUUACAUAAAGCAAUAUCACAAGCCGGCCCAUGCGUUUUAGCAGCUAUCUCUUUGGUUGGUAGCAGAGGAAAUCAAAACGGAAUAUCCCUUCCGACAUUGUAUAUACUUGCACUGCUUGGGGCAUCGUGUGGUUUUCAUCUUUUCCUACACUUUAUCACGUUGGGCUACGCAUUGGGUGUUACAUUACCUUUGACAGUAGCUCUCUUCUUUUACAAGGUACGGUUGUUGUAUGAAUGAAGGAGACAGCAGGAGAGGGUGAUCAAGAAUCAUAUUAAAAAAUUACUCACCGAUGCAUAUUGUUUCGUUUUUACUGCAGAAGCAAUACGAAUUGCCUCUCCCUACCAUACUUCAUUCGUCGAUAACCAUUAUCUGGGGAAUCCGCUUAUUUUCUUUUCUCGCCAUUCGUGAAUACGUUACUUGGCCUGCAUUACACCAAAAGGUAGUAGAAGUUCAAGCAAAAAUGAACAUUCCAUUUGCAUCCAAAAUCCUAUGUUGGUUUGUCUAUUCAUUUUUUUAUGUAACGUUGGCAGCUUCCUGUUGGAGUCGCCUUUUGCAAAGCAGCUCGUCAUCACCAUCUAAUUGGGGCGUUUUUGGGUUGAUAGGGCUGUCACUGCAGAUUGUUGGUCUAAUCCUGGAGACCAUCGCUGAUCUACAAAAGAAUUCAUUCAAAUCGAGAAAUCGGCAUUCUUGGUGUAACGUAGGAGUAUGGAAAUAUAGCACUCACCCCAACUAUCUUGGUGAGGGCAUAUUUUGGUGGGGUACAUAUUUAGCUCACGGGUUUCAUUCACCUUUGCCAUCUGCAUUGGCCACUAUAGGUCUCUUGCUCAUCCUUUAUGUGCUAAAAGGCUCAGCUAAAUCAUUGAGCUCAAAGCAGAAAGAAAAGUAUGGACAGGAAAUAGAUUUCUACCAGUUUCAACGUACGCACAAUGUGUUUGGUCCCAAGCACAUGUGGUCGCGUCAGCAAGUAGUUGAACCUGUCGUUACUGUGCCAACAGGAGAGGCACUCACUACCGGUGAUAUUGAAAUCUCCAUUCCCAAUGAUGAAAAGAUUCAAGACAUCUGUCACUGAAAUUUUUAAAAACAAAUGCAAAUUUUGAGU